AUGACACGAAUAAUAUCAUCGGCCAUGCGCCCACUACGGCUCAAUGGCAGCCGUGCCCUCCGCCUAGGCGCCACAGCAGAGCCCGCACAUGCGCUGCCGUUCGAGGCACGCAGAGCCGCCACCACAUCCACAAGGUCGACAGCAGCCCCAGCCUCGAAGCCCCCACCGACCCAGUCACCCUAUAAGCGAUCAGCGACAACGACGGCAAGCAGCAGCAGUAGUAACAGCUCGGCAGCAAAGCCCAGCGCCUCCUCCUCCCCAGCCGCCAAGAACACCAACACACCCUUCGCUGAGUCCCAGACCAAUCCUGUCCCGUCUGCGCCAUACUCGCGGCCCCAGGGCGUGAACCCCAUUCCCGAGGCCUCGACGGCCUUCUCGCAGACGGCCAACGGCGGCGCGAGCGACCUCGCCUUCGCCUCGCCCCCGGGCGGCGGCAACGGCAUCGACUGGUCCAGCUCGUUCCACGGGCUGUCCACGAUCCCCUUCUCCCCCGAGGUCGCCGCCGUGCUCAUGAAGCCCAUCCCCUUCGAGGACGUCGAGAUAAAGCCCGACGGCAUCAUCUACCUGCCCGAGAUCAAGUACCGCCGCAUCCUGAACCAGGCCUUCGGCCCGGGCGGCUGGGGCAUGGCGCCCCGGGGUGAGCUGAUGGUCGGCGAGAGGGUCGUCACGAGGGAGUACGCGCUGCUUGUGCACGGGCGAUUCAUAGCACAGGCCCGCGGCGAGUGCCAGUUCUUCGCCGACGACGGAAUAGCCACCGCCGGCGAGGGCUGCAAGUCCAACGCCCUGAUGCGCUGCUGCAAGGACCUGGGCAUCGCGUCCGAGCUAUGGGACCCUCGUUACAUCCGCGACUUCAAGAAGAAGUGGGCGCAGGAGAUCUGGGUCGAGCACGUCGUCACCAAGAAGAAGAGGCAGACCUGGGUGCGCAAGGGUGACGACCCGGCAUAUCCCUUUAAGAGGAGCUAA